CAGAUUCACUAUUGUUUAUGCCCUUUACGUGGUUAAAAUGAUUUUUUAAACGAUAAAAAAAGAGAGAGGAAAUCUAAUCUGGCUCAAUAAAAACCGUGUCUUUGCGAUAAAAAUUUUCGUAGACCUGAACAUGCUAAAUUAAGAGCAAAAAUUCCAACAGGAAAUUUUCACAAUCGCCGAAUCGGAAACACAUUCGUGAUAAUGCAUGAGCAAGAAUGAGAUCUUCAGGACUGAUGAUAUGAGAAAGCAAACAUAAACAUCAGGAAAGAAUACAGAAACCAUCAUGGGAAAUACUUCAUCACAAUCUCAACUCACCUGCCACGCAGAUUCAAAUAAAAUACUUACAGUAGAUUUUCUUCAAAAUGAAAAUGCGAGAAACCCAGUGGAUGUAGUUUUAUGUUUUGUUGAUACGAAGUGGAGUUCUAACGAUCAGCUAAGUCAAGCCGUUUCAUCAUUGGCGGGAAAUAUCUACGUCACUACCCGAGAAAGGUUAAAGGCACAAUAUCCUGUCUGUUCUCCGGGUAACGUAUUCAGCUGCACAGGCAGCAAACUAAAUUGUAAGGCAGUCUUACUGGUGGUUGUGCCGGAUGGGGACCUAAGUCAACAUCUAUUGUUAGUCCCCAGUAUUCUACAAAAUGCCAUACAGAAGGCCUCCGACCUCGGUGCUCGUAGUAUUGCUGUUCCUCUGGGCAUUGAGCCUCCAUUUCAAGUGAACAUCCUCCUGCCUUCUCUGUAUAUGACGUACUUGAAUCACGACACAAGAUCCUCUCUUACUCAGUUCCAUAUUAUAACCACAAACUCGGCAUUACAGUCCCAAAUUCUACAGACUAUAGAGGAGAUGAAUGAAAAGAUAAGUACGGGUAAUUCAGAUGAUAAUGAACCCGAAUUGCAAACAGUGGCUGGGAAUUCUGCAAGCGAUCAUGAUACACAUUCCCAUUCUCUGUAUAAUAAUGAUGGAUUCACUCAAGGACAACAGGUUCAUCCGCUCCCUCCAAAACAAGCAAGUGGUAUGUUUCACAAUACAGUAGACGAAAACGUUUUGGAUCAAACACUCACAAAUGAUAUACCACAAACACCUGAUCAAAGUAGAGUAUCGGUAGAGAAUUUCCAGGACGUAUCGCAGCCUAAUGGCCCUUCAGUGCGGUCCAGCUAUAUGUUUCCGGUGGAACAACUUCACAAACAUGUUGAAAAGAUUUCAAAAAAUGAUUUUCUAAAAUCAGUGAAUUUUAGGACGUCUGAUGAUUCGAACACUCGUGUGACAUUCAGUGAUGAAGUUGAAGAAUGCAUAGACCCGAAACAGCCUCCUCUGGUUCGAUCCCUCUCCAGCGGCAGCGACGACCAAAGCAGUUUGGACUUUCAGAACUUUUGCGUAAAGCGACCAGUAACCCGAUUUCAGGGUAAGCGGCCAGUACAGAGAGGAGAGCCCGUGGUGGUCGUUAAGUAUGACGAGGAAGAAUCCGCCAAAAAAGCCGAUCCCGUCUUCUUCUGUGUUAUUUGUCAAAGUGAACACAAGGUCGAUUGCCAGAGGAAGCUGGAUAAAUGUGAACAUGUAUUUUGCAGGGAAUGUAUCGAAAAUUAUUUUAAGAGAGAGAAACCUGUUUGUCCUGUAUGUAACACGGUUUACGGAGAGAUUACAGGAAACAUGCCACCGGGCAUUAUGUCGUACUAUACUUCAACCGGGCAUCUCCCAGGACACGAUGAUGUGGGGGUUAUUGUUAUUGAAUACGAUAUUCCAGAUGGGGUACAAACGGAAGAACAUCCACAUCCGGGCAAGCCAUUCAAAGGAGCGACCCGAACAGCCUACCUGCCUAACUCGGUACAGGGGCAAAAGUGUCUGCGGUUACUACAGAAAGCGUUCGAUCAGAAGCUGACAUUUACAGUGGGACGAUCCAGAACGACCGGAAAUGAAAACUGUGUGACGUGGAACGAUAUCCACCAUAAAACAAAUGUCCAAGGUGGAGCACAAAGAUUCGGAUACCCAGACCCCAGCUACCUGGAUCGUCUUGAGAAAGAGCUCAAAGACCGCGGGAUCAUGGAGGACUAAACAUAAUCUCCGGAACAAUUGAUAUAUAUUUCAAUUUAAUCUGCAUUGAAGUUACUCAAGGAAUAAUUCUUUUGGUUAUAAUAAAACAAAUUGCAUUUCUGGUCAACGUUUUAUAAAUAGUUUUGUUCCUUAUAGAGAUGACUUUAUGUGGUUUUAAGCUAUUGUUAAUGUUUUGAAUAAAGUAUAUCACAUACAGAGCACCACUAAAAGUAUUACAUACAAAUGUAUU